AUCUCAUGCCUCAGGAUGGCGAGCGCCAAGUACCAAACAAUACUUUGUAAUUCAAGGUAUUGGAUGGUGUUUCUAUUGUUUAUGGGCGGUCGUAGCGCUUACCAUCAGGCAAACGGCAAGCUCGUCUCGUCAUUUAAAGCAAUAAAAAAAAAACCUUUUAAUUUGUUUAACCAGGUGUACAUCGUUGGGCACGCAGCGCCCGGUUCGGAUUCGCGCCACGGUUACGAUUCGGCGUCCAAUGCGAAUUACCUGCGAACGAUCCGAAGACAUGCGCGCAUCAUCGCCGGACAGUUCUUCGGACAUUUGCACGCCGACACAUUCCGCGUCAUUUAUGAUAAUGAUCGGCCGGUAUCAUGGGCGCUCCUGGCUCCAUCAGUGAGUCCACAUCGAGAUCCCUCUGGAUCUUCGAACCCCGGUCUUAGGCUUUACAAGUUUGACACUAAUACUGGAAAGGUGCUAGAUUACACCCAAUAUUACCUGGACCUCGCCACUGCCAACCGCAACGUGGGCGCGGCGGAGUGGACGGCCGAGUACAACCUGACGCAGUACUACGGCCUGCAUGAGGUGUCGCCUAUAUCACUUCACAAUCUCGCAGACAAACUUCGAAUAGGCACGCCGUAUGAAACUACUAUGUUUAAUAAGUACUUACGGGCGUACAACGCGCGCCACGACAACAGUGACGCGUGCGACGGCGCGUGCGCACACCAACACUUCUGUGCCAUUACCUGUUUGGAGCAUUUAGCCUACAGGCAGUGCGUGGAAGCGGCCGCUAGCGCGCUCGCCGCCGCCGGUAAAUCGUCCCCGCUUGUCGCUCCACUCAUGAAUACGUUAGUCAUCUUAUUUAUCGUUGUUAUGUUCGUUUAAGUGUUUAAGCUAGUUGUCUACAUAGCGAUGACGUCACGGUGGACAUAAUAUUUCGUGAAAAGUUACAGAAACAUAAAUAUGAUUUUCUAAGGAGUGUUUGAAUCUAAAGAUUGUCAAGUCUUGACUUCUCUUAUAUUAUGUCCACUAAGUAACGUGACCAGUUCUAGGAAUUCCAAGUAAAAAUAUUUUCGGUUGUUUUUUGUACAUAUUUAAAAUAAAUCUGUAUUUCGAAACAUUCUACACUAACAUUUGAAAACGGAAUCAAAUUAUAACGUAAAAUAAAAAAGGUUUUCGUCCAUCCAGAGUUAUUCAAAUGAAAUUAACUAAAAAACAAACCGGAACGGAGCUGAAAGCAAAACUAGAAACAUUUUACAAAACCCAUCGGUCACGCGCGCACGCGGUCGCGCCGCGUUUUUUGAAUUCUACUACAUCUAUGUGGGAUUGUUUGGGAAUCCCUAAAUCCCACCGCAUCACGCAUAUUUUCUAUCGCUUUUCAUGUUAGUUUCGUUACAAAUUACAGAAUAUUUUGUUUUACAAUUAUUAUCAGGAAUUUUAUUUGCUAUGUGGAAUUAGGGUACAUAACAUAUGCCUUAAUCAAGUUAUCCUGCGAAAUGCAGUCAACUGUACAAUGUUUAGAAUUAUAUAACAAAUCAAAUAACUGAUUCCUUAUUAACCACGGAGCCUCAAAGCUGCAAAUAUAUCACCAGAGAUUCUCGUUUAUCGAGCAUUCAAAAACACAAAGGUUGCGCAAAUAUAAAGGCAUCUUAACCACGGCCCUAGAUAAGUAAAACUAUAAGAAGAGAAUAAAAGCGUUUGCAACUUGACUAAGGCCUUCAUCAAUUUAUAAUCCAUUCACGGAAAAGUCAUUGACUCGUAAAUCUGUAAUAAAGGUCUUGAAAUUACAAUUCCAUACUUACAUUACGAUGUUUAAAAAAGCGUCAUUAUGUUAAAAAUUCAUAGAAUUAGUGUUUUGAUAAAAAUUUACGGCCCGAGUCCGCACGUGAACUGGUCGUUAAAGGCGAAAUGCGUUUGUACGUAUUCAAUAUUUAACUUGUUAUAGUUAUUUGAAAAGAAAUAUUACUGCUUUUCAUUUUAGUUUCCUAAAUGUAUUAGUGAUAUUGAUAUGAUCUUAAAUUAUUCACUAUCAUUUUUUUUUAUUAAAUUUGUUGUUACAAUGUUAUUUUUUUAUGUUAAUAUAUUAUUUUGUAAAUUUUUGCGUUAUUUGAUAACAUACCACACACGUUAAAUAUGUGUAAAUAUAAAAUGCCAUAUAUUGUCAUUUUACAAAUCAAAUUUUCUUAUGUACAUAAUAAUUUAAACAUAAUAUUUCUGGUAAAUUAUUAUUAUAUUUUUUUUUCGUCAUCCAAAAAUACUUAACGUCAGGGAUCCUAUUCCGUCCUAAAAGGCGAAUCCGGCUUUUUGAAAUUACGGGCGUUCUAUUCGAAGGAUAGCUUCGAUAACUGUAUAGAUAAGAGAGCCAAAUAAUCACCUAUUUAUCUAUAAGGCCAUCAAAGCUGUCCUACAAUUAGAACGCCCGUAAUUUCAAAAAAACGGAUUCGCCUUUAUUGACGGAAUAGUGCCUAACCUUAAUUAUUUAUAAAAUUUAAAAUCUACAUUUUAUAUUAUACAUAAGUAACAACAUAAGAACUCUCGUAUAGUUAAAUCCGUUCUUAUAGCCAAGAGAAAGGUAAGUAUUUAGAAAUAGUACAUAAAGUAAGAGGGCAAGAAUAGCUCAGACAGCAUUUGUGAUAUUGCUUAUUAAAAUAUUUGUGUAAGACGUACGUUUUGUUAUUCGAUGUAAAGUAUAAUCUAGUGCUUAAUUUCAGUAGUUUUAACGUGGGAGAUGUAAAAGCGGGUAAGUAGUGAUAAGUAAAUUGAAUUCAUUUUAUACCGAAAAAACUUAGAUCAAAUAAUUUAUUUUAAUUUGACAAAUAUAUUAAUUAAUUUAUUACAAACAUUGUUAGUUUAAAACGUUUUUAGAAUAUUAGCGAUUUGUACGUUAGCUUGAAAUUAAUUGCGUUGUAUGGAAUGAUUAUUAAUCUCGGGUCCUAAUUAGAAUAAUUUAUUAAAGAGCUAAUCCUAAUUUAAUAUUUAUAAGAUAAUCCCAUAAAUUAUAAUCACUUUCGACUUACAGAAAUAACAUUUUAUAAAAUAUUCUGCAGAUUACAUUAUUUAAAUAAAUUGUAAUAUCUUAUCGGGAAUUAUUUGCAUUAAUGUGCAUAAUUGUUUAAAAAUAAUAUUUUACGUUUUUCGAACUUCGUUUCUAUUUUCAAAAUGAUUUUAAAUAUAAAAAAAUAUCUCGAAACAUCGUUAGGUGUUUGUAUUGCGGAAAAUGUGAUUUUAAUAUAAGCUAUCAAUAUUUAUUGUAAAACUGGAAUUGUCUGUACGAAUAUUACUUAAUUACACAAAUGUAAUUAAAUUUAAUUACGACGCUGUAAAUAAAUUACAUUGUAUUUUAAAUUUCAAAUUGUAAAUGAGGAACAAUUAGAAUGUAAGCUAACCUUAUAACAAUGUAUUUAUUCAAUGCUUGUUAAUGUUAAUUUAAAUGCAGAGAACAAAUUAAAACGUUUCAAAUCCUGUUGCGGAUUACAGUUGAGUGCGAAACAUUUGGCUUGCUUUAAUUAUUUUAACGAAUUUUUACAAAAUGACAGAAUACAAUACGCUUUAAUUUUUAUACAAAUAAAACAUUAAUAUCAGUUUUAUACCGUAAAAACACCCUUAUCUUCAGUAAUCAAUAUUAUUUUAGUUGAAGGAUACCUACUGUUUUGCAAGAAAGCCUUGAGUGAUAAACUCACUUCAGAAUCCAGGGUUGUUUAGGGAGUCAUAUAAAUUAAAGGUAUCAAAAAUUUUACGAAAUGUUAUACGUACAUUAGUUACCUCUCUGCCUACCCCUUCCAGGAUAAAGGAGAUACGUUACAAUGUGUAAGUUAACCAAAUAUAAGCUUUUAUAUCCGAUUGACUAAGGAAGGUAAUGUUUGUAAAAAUAUUUUACGUAACAAUAUAUUCCAUACAAAAAUUGCUAUCAAAUGUAAAUUGAAAAUCACGUGAUAUAGGCAACGUGCCAUUGAAUGUAAUUCAUAGAUUAACUGGUUUUUGUUUAAAACAGGGUCGGCCAUUUGUUGGCACUCAAAUGUAAUUUAUAUGUGAAAUAAACUUGCGUUUUAACUUCUUUGAUAUCGAUGUUUCUGUGUUGAAUUGGAUGUUUUGAUUUUUAAUAAAGAAUUGUAUCCGAAACGA